AUGUUGGGAUUUAAGAUUCAUUAUUUAUUAUUAACAUUGAUAUAUAUUGCAAUAUUUUUUAUUCUCCCUUGUUUAUCUGGUAAAGAUUAUUAUAAGAUAUUAGGUGUUCCAAGAAAUGCAAAUGAUGCAACUAUUAAGAAAGCAUAUCGUAAACUUAGCUUAAAAUAUCAUCCUGAUAAAAACCCUGAUGCAAAAGAUAAAUUUAUGGAAGUAGCUAAUGCCUAUGAAGUAUUAAGUGAUCCUAAUCUAAGGCAAAAAUAUGAUAAAUUUGGUGAAGAAGGAUUAAAAAGUGAUGGAGCAUCAGCUGGAGGAUUUAAUGAUUUUAGUGGAUUUGGUGGUUUUGGUGGUUUUGGUGGUUUUAAUAAUUUUGGUGGUUUUAAAUUUCAAUCUGGUGGAAAUACAUUUCACUUUGGUGGUGGACAAUUUAAAUUUAGUAAUGAUCAUCAAGGUAAUACCCAAUUUAAUAAUCAAUAUAGGCAACAAUAUAAUGGAUAUACUAAUUCACAAAAUUUAUAUACAAAUUCACAAUAUAUCUCUGAAUAUUCAUCAUCAUCUGAUAUUAAAGAAAAAUUAAAGUCUUAUGAAUGGAUCUUAAUUAUCAAUUUUUAUAGGCCUGGUUGUGGCCCUUGUAAAGAGCUUGUAAAUAUUUAUAAUAAUAUAGCGAAAGUUAUGAAUUCAUAUGGUAUUGAAUUUUUAGCAAUUAAUUGUGAUAAUAAUUAUCAAAUUUGUCAAUCUUAUAAUAUAAAACAAUAUCCAUAUAUAUCUAUGUUUAUAAAAGAAAAUCAUAAUGAAAUAAUAUAUAAAGGUGAUCUAUUUACUGAAUCUAGUAUAGGAAAUUGGAUUACUAAUCAAAUACCUGAUUAUUCAAUAAAAUUAUUAUCUAAAAAUCAAUCUAUUAAUUGGCUUAAAUUUAAUUCUAAUUUACCUAAGGCUGUAUUAUUUACAAAAAAAAAUACAUCAUCACCAUUAUUAAAAAAAAUUGCUAAAGAUUUUAAAGAUCGUCUUAGUUUAGCUACUAUACUUACUGAUUCACAUUGGAUUGAUGAAAUAUUCUUAUCUACCCCUCAAAUGAAAAAUUCUAAACCUAUUAAUCCUCCAUUUAUAUUAUCAGUUGAAGAAUAUGAAGAUAAUAUUGUAUAUGGAGAAUGGAUACAAAUUAAUACAAUAUCGUAUGAUGUAAUUACACUUACUUUAAGUCGUUUAGUUGGUAGUUUUCGUGCAAAACAAAAAAUUAAAUCUUCUCAAAUAAAGAGACAAAUUAAUGAAUUUACUUAUUAUAAUUACAUAAAUGGAGAAUGUAAUCACUUAGAUUCACAAUUUUGUGUAUUAUGGAUUGUUAAUCAAAAACCACCAAUAAGAAAUAUUCAAUUAGAAGAUAUUGCUUUUAAAUAUAGAAAUGAUCCAAUUAAGUUUUUUUGGAUUUAUGCUAUUCAAAAUGGAAUUAAUGAUCAUUUUCUUAAAAUAUUUAAUUGUGACUAUUCUCAUAAUAGUUGUAUUAUUAUAUAUAGACCUAAACGUAGGAAAUUUAAAAUAUUUAAUGAUAUUUUAAAUGUUAAUGAAUAUAUUGAUGGAUUAUUAGAUGGUUCAAAUAUAUUAAAUUCAAAUAUUAAAGGUGAUAUACCUAUUCCUUUAAAUAUUCGUCCAAAUAUAAAAUAUACUGAUUUAGAUAAAUAUGAUCAUAUAGAUGAUGAUGAUGAUAUUGAUGAUGAUGAUAUAAGGGGAGUUAAAGAGGAAUUAUAA